UAAUGCAGCAUUCUUUUGGACACCACACCUAGGUCGGAGCACUGUCGUCCUUCAGGGCUGCAGCCUCUUGAUAUUUUUAUACUUCACUAUCAGCUCGAUAGAGUGAAAGAGAGAGAGAAGAGAGAGGGGGGAGAGGAGAGAAGAGAGAAAGAGAGAGGGAAGGAAGGGUGGGGAAUUACACAAAAGGGAGAACAAAACAUAAUUUUAAUUCCUAAAUUAAUUUACUUGCUGAUUCGGAGAUUUUAGUCAUCAUGGAAGGUAGAUGGAAAAUCUGCCCAGGACCGCAGACUGAUACCAUUUUUCUAAGCCAGAACUUACUCCAUUUUCUGUGCAAAUGUCAGAAAAGCGAAACACCCUCUCUCCCAAGUCAGAGAAGGGGAAGCAACGGCUCUCAGUUUGGGACAAUAUUAUCUGGAAGCUGAAGCAGAAACCGAGCGCUCUUUUUUCUCCCUUCCCAUCCCUUUCAAUCCGGAGGAAAAAAAAAAAAACCCAAGGUCUGCAAAGCUAAAACCCAAUCUCGGAUAUACUACUAAUAGGCGCGGCGCUCGGACUAUAAAACACAACAAAUCAUAAACCCGGCGGAGCAGCAGCGGCCGCGCGCGCCUCCCCUCCCAAUGAGUUCCUAUUUCGUGAACUCCACCUUCCCCGUCACUCUGGCCAGCGGACAGGAGUCCUUCCUGGGCCAGCUACCGCUCUACUCGUCUGGCUAUGCGGACCCGCUGAGGCACUACCCAGCGCCCUACGGGCCGGGACCGGGCCAGGACAAGGGCUUUGCCGCUUCCUCCUAUUACCCGCCGGCCGCCGGCGGCUAUGGCCGCGCGGCGCCCUGCGAUUACGGGCCGACGCCGGCCUUCUACCGCGAGAAGGAGUCGGCCUGCGCGCUCUCCGGCGCCGACGAGCCGCCCGCGUUCCACCCAGAGCCGCGGAAGUCGGACUGCGCGCAGGACAAGAGCGUGUUCGGCGAGACAGAGGAGCAGAAGUGCUCCACUCCGGUCUACCCGUGGAUGCAGCGGAUGAAUUCGUGCAAUAGUUCCUCCUUUGGGCCCAGCGGCCGACGAGGCCGCCAGACCUACACGCGGUACCAGACGCUGGAGCUGGAGAAGGAAUUUCACUACAAUCGCUACCUGACUCGGCGGCGGCGCAUCGAGAUCGCGCACGCCCUGUGCCUGACAGAGAGGCAGAUCAAGAUCUGGUUUCAGAAUCGGCGCAUGAAGUGGAAAAAGGAGAGCAAACUGCUCAGUGCGUCUCAGCUCAGUGCCGGGGAGGAGGAAGAAAAACCCGCCGAGUGAAGGCGCUGGAAAGGGAGGGGGGACGCGAAGGGAGAGGCGUGUAGGGAGCCCAGGGCGUCUGAGAGUCCCGAGGACGCUCUGCAGGUGGGGGAGCCCGGAGAUCUGCUUCCCCCGCGCCGCGACCUGCGGGCCCAGCGCUCUCCUGGACGCCCCCGCCCGCAGAGCUUCCGCCCCAGCUCUCGGAGGCCGAGCUGCCCGAGCAUCCCCUGCAUCCUGCACCCCCCCCCUGCGGAGACCGCCUUGGCCGAAUCUGGCACCCCCCCCCCCCGUGAGAACAGAGGACCUGACUCACUUGAUGUCCUGGAUGCAGAGCAAAAUGCUCUUGUCCGUGUCGCGUCUCCUCAUGUCGUCUAUGUCCCCCGUGCACGGUUCAAUGGUAGAUUCGCUGUCCCCUCAGCGGGGCCUCGAAGACUCCCUGACUCCAGACCUGUCGUUUCUCUCACCCCCUCCCCAAAGCCACUGGAAAGAGCACAUACUACCUAGAAGUAAGAAGAGGAGCCUCAGAAGAAAACAAAGUUCUAUUUUAUUAAUUUUCUAUGUGUUGUGUUUGUAGUCUUGUCUUAGCUCUGGACGUGAAAUACUUCGGUAAUAAUAUUAACAUUAUUAAUAACGAUAAUAAUAAUAAUAAAGACGUGAAAACUCG